UGGACGUUUCAAUCAUAAAAUUUCCCAACCGGACCAUGAAGUUUUCUCCAUUAAUCCCUCUUUCUCUUGCCUUUAUUAUUUUAUGUUCAUCAUCUUCAUUAUUGUCUGCAACUUCUUCUUCUUAUAUAAAAUAUGAGGAGUUUCUUCAAUGUCUUCUCCAUCAUUCUCCAAAUACUUACUCUAUUACCAAUCUUGUUUACGCUCCCACCAACUCCUCCUAUUCAUCUCUCUUGAAUUUCUCCAUUAGAAACCUCAGAUUCUCAACUCCCACCAUCCCAAAGCCACUCCUCAUAAUAACCCCAUCAAAUAUUUCCCACAUUCAAGCAGCCGUCGUUUGCUCCAAAUCUCACGGCCUUCAAAUCCGAAUCCGAAGCGGCGGUCAUGACUUCGAGGGUCUUUCUUACGUCGCCUACCACCCAUUCAUCGUAGUGGAUCUCAUUAAUCUCAGCUCUGUUGCUGUCGACGUCGAACAAAGUACAGCAUGGGUUCAGUCAGGGGCAACUCUAGGUGAACUUUACUACAGAAUUGCUGAGAAAAGUCGAACCUUGGCCUUUCCGGCAGGGACUUGUCCAACUGUUGGUGUUGGCGGGCACUUCAGCGGCGGUGGAUAUGGGACAUUGCUGAGGAAAUAUGGUCUGGCUGCGGAUAAUGUAAUCGACGCUUACUUGGUUGAUGCAAAUGGGGAGUUUCAUGAUAGAGAGUCGAUGGGGGAGGAUUUGUUUUGGGCCAUUAGAGGCGGCGGCGGUGGGAGCUUUGGGAUUGUUGUGGCGUGGAAGGUGAAGCUGGUUCCGGUUCCGGCGACGGUAACGAUUUGCACAGCUAAUAGAACUUGGAAGGAAGGAGCAAUCAAGUUAAUCGAUCAGUGGCAAUAUGUAGCCAACAAAUUGGAUGAAGAUCUAUUUCUUAGCAUCAUUUUGACUGGUGGGAAAAUUUCAGCUCAAGGAGGCAAAAUAAACCCAACAGCUUUGUUCUUCACUUUGUUUCUUGGAAAGGCAGAUGAACUUUUGACAAUCCUAAAGAACAAAUUUCCUGAAUUGAAUUUGGCAAAAGAAGAUUGCAAAGAAACUAGUUGGAUUGAAUCAGCCGUUUAUACAGCUAAUGGGCUUCAAAUUGAUGAUCAACCCUUAGAAGCUUUUCUCAAUAGAACACCUUUGGCCAAUGGAAGCUUCAAAAUCAAAUCUGAUUAUGUUAAGGAACCCAUCACUAAAGCUGCAAUUGAGGGCAUAUGGCAAAGAUUAAAAUCUCAAGAUAUAGAAGGAGUAAACCUUGGACUUAUUCCGUACGGAGGAAGGAUGAGUCAAAUUUCCGAGUCGGAAAUUCCUUUUCCACAUAGAAUUGGAAAUCUAUAUAAGAUUGGCUAUAUUAUAGGGUGGGAAGAACAAGGUGUGGAUGCAGAGAAAAGACAUUUAAAUUGGAUAAGAGAGAUUUAUAGUUACAUGACUCCUUUUGUUUCGAAAUCUCCUAGAGCCGCAUAUGUCAACUAUAGAGACCUUGACAUUGGAUCAAACGAUAAGUAUGGAAAGACAAGCUACAAGCGAGCCUGUAUUUGGGGUAAAAAGUAUUUUGGUAACAAUUUUAACAGGUUGGUACAUGUUAAAAAUGAGGUGGAUCCUUACGAUUUCUUUAGGCAUGAACAGAGUAUACCAAGUUUCCCUCAUCAUAGAUUUUAAUAUAGUUUGAACCAUAUGAUAUUUGGUUUAUGUUUAUUCUCAACUGUGCCUAGCUGAUUAUUAUUGUGACAAAAUAAGCGGUUUGUGUGUACUGCUUUUAAGCAUAUA